AUGUAUGGGAAUCCAAACAGAGUUAGGUUCACAGAUCCUAACUUUGAAGAAACUGUGCAAAGGUGGUUUGAAGAAUGUGACGAAGAGUUUUCAGAUCCAGAUGCAGAUCCUGAGAGCAAUAUUACAUCCGAGAAUACCAUCACAAGUGAUCACGAAACGGGGAGUGAGCUUUCUUACAGUGCUUCUGAUGAUGAUGGUCAAGAUGUUACUGAAAGUGGAGAGGACAGUGAAACAAGUGAGCCAGUUAAAAAAUAUUUCUACGGAAAAAACAGAUACAAAUGGGCUUCUACUGAACCAACCCGAAAUGUAAGAACACCAGCCCAUAAUAUAUUGAAGUUGCCAGGAAAUAAGAAUGCUUUGCCAAACAUUGAACCGGUGAACGCAUGGCGAAAAAUUUUCUCUGAGGAUAUACUAGACAUUGUUGUGCAUUACACAAAUUUGAAAAUCCAGGAAUUUCGUUCUAAGCCAGGCAAUGAAAAUCGCGCAGAAUACAGGGAAGCAAAUUCUGUUGAAAUUAAUGGUUUUCUGGGACUUCUGCUGUUAACUGCUGCUUUCAAGUCUAAUAAUGAGACCAUUGAAUCAAUAUUUGCAACCGACGGGACUGGUCGAGAAAUCUUUCGAUUGGUAAUGUCAGCAAAACGAUUCUCCGUAUUAUUAGCUUGA